CCAUUUCUCACAAUUUCAGGUGUCAUUUUACGAAUCUCUCUCAUUUUCUUUUGCAAUCGCAUCUGACAAAAACUUUCCCUCACUUUCUCUCCCUUUUUCCUUCUCUCCAAUCACCGGUCCUCCAAUUCCUCAAGGAUCUGGGGUUUCUCCCGCUUACUUCCCCCUCCAAAUCAAAACCGCAUUGAAUCUCGAAAUUCAACUUCUUCGAGCUUCGAUUCGUUGUAGGGUUUUCUUGAUUUGGCAAUUGUGGAUGAGAGAGAGACAAGGGGUCCGGUUCUGAUGAGCAUGGAGAUCGUGACCGAUGCGGCGUCGUUCGACGCCGAACUGGUGCAGCUUCCGGAGGUAUCUCCCUUGGCCCUCAAAUCGAAUCCGGCCUUCGUCGAGAAGCUCUUCGAGCAGUGGCUCUCGCUUCCCGACUCUAAUCGGCAGGUAGCGUCAUUGCUCACUGAAGCAAAGGCGGGCGGUCCCUUGAAUGUCCCUGGAAACUCUUCGAGUCCACAUGCUUCCACAAGCAAUUCUUUGCCUUCUAUGUUUCCUGCAGGCAGUGCCCCGCCACUUUCACCGAGAAGUACAUCUGGUUCUCCUCGGAUAAUGAAACAGAGGGCCGGUCCUUCUAAUUUGGGUUCACCCCUGAAAGUAGUUAGCGAGCCAGUUAAAGAAUUGAUACCUCAGUUUUACUUUCAAAAUGGUCGUCCACCACCAAAUGAACUAAAAGAGCAAUGUUUCUUUAGAAUUAAUCAGUUUUUCUAUGGCCACUUGGAUGGACUGCAGAUGCAUGAAUUUAAAUCAGUUACUAAGGAUGUCUGCAAGCUACCAUCAUUCUUCUCCAUGUCUCUUUUCAGAAAGAUUGAUGUUAAUAGCACUGGUCUUGUCAGAAGGGAUGCUUUUGUUGAUUAUUGGGUUAAUGGCAACUUGUUGACAAUGGAUAUAGCAACUCAAAUAUAUACCAUCUUGAAGCAACCAGAUGCCGAAUUCCUUACUCAGGAUGACUUCAAACCUGUGCUUCGAGAACUUUUGGCAACUCAUCCAGGGUUGGAGUUUUUACAGAGCACACCAGAGUUUCAGGAAAGAUACGCUGAAACUGUAAUAUACAGAAUAUUUUACUACAUAAAUAGAUCUGGGAAUGGUCAUCUAAAUCUCAGGGAGCUGAAACGUGGAAACUUAAUUGAUGCAAUGCAACAUGCAGAUGAAGAAGAGGAUAUCAACAAAGUUUUGAGGUACUUCUCUUAUGAACAUUUUUAUGUUAUAUACUGCAAGUUUUGGGAGCUGGAUACGGAUCAUGAUUUUUUUAUCGACAAAGAGAACCUUAUCAGAUAUGGUAACCAUGCGCUUACCUACCGGAUUGUUGAUAGAAUAUUCUCUCAGGUUCCUAGGAAGUUCACUAGUAAAGUUGAGGGAAAGAUGGGAUAUGAAGAUUUUGUCUACUUCAUACUCUCAGAGGAGGAUAAAUCAUCUGAACCUAGUCUUGAGUACUGGUUCAAAUGCAUAGAUCUGGAUGGAAAUGGGAUUCUGACACGGAAUGAACUACAAUUCUUUUAUGAGGAGCAGUUGCAUCGAAUGGAAUGCAUGGCCCAAGAGCCUGUGCUCUUCGAGGAUAUAUUGUGCCAAAUAAUCGACAUGAUUGGGCCUGAGAAUGAGAGCUAUAUCACACUGCGUGACCUGAAAGGAUGUAGACUUUCGGGAAGUGUAUUCAAUAUCCUUUUUAACCUUAAUAAGUUUAUGGCCUUUGAAACUCGUGAUCCAUUUCUCAUUCGUCAGGAACGUGAGAAUCCAACAUUGACAGAGUGGGAUCGCUUUGCGCAUAGAGAAUAUAUUAGGCUUUCAAUGGAGGAAGAUGUUGAAGAUGCCUCUAAUGGGAGUGCAGAAGUUUGGGAUGAAUCACUUGAGGCUCCUUUCUGAGUUCAAUUAGGUCCUCCCAAGGAAGCUGCGGAUUCUUCUUGUAAACUGGCUGUUAAAGAAACUGUUGAACUCAGGUAUGAGUUGUUGAAUGAGCUGUCCAGAUAGCCGCGACCUCAUCAGAGGGAAAUUCUGGGCUUGGCUGUGUGGAAUGGAUUUUUGAUGCGUUGGAAGUAAAUUAUUCAGAUCGUUGUGUUUAUUGAAUUGACAAACAAUGAGGAGAGUUACAAAGGAACCUCCCUUUACUCAUACGAAGCUGUCUCCUGGAGGUGUGAUUAUAUAAUGGCAGAUUGAGGUAGUUCGGAGUAUUUAAUGUAUUUGAUUAUAUUCCUUUUUCAAUUAUCCUUGUUUAUGUCAUUUUUGCCGCUCCCCCCCCCCCUCCCAAAAGAGUUAGUGGAUGGUUCUUUUAGUACUUCAAUUUCUAUUGUAAUGUGCUGGGAAGUGCUUUUAGCAAAAAAAUUUCUUAAAUUAUGGUCAUUGGUCAAUUUGAUUCUAAUAGUUUCUCUA